GUGUUCAUUGGACCCGGACGCCUUCGCCUUGUUCGCCUUAAUGUUUGCAAGCACACCUUCGUGAUGCGCCACGUCUGUUUCAGCCUGGUUUGUGUUGGUCUGCGGCGGCGACGACUGCUUCUUGCCGAUGUAUUUGUUCGUUCAGAUCAUUCUGCUUCUUUGUCUUCGACCGUGUAUUUCGCCCGCAUUGCGCAUCUUCACGUUUCCUCUUGAGCGUGUCCAGGCGCUUUGCAGCAGUGGCAUGAUCAGCGACUGCUUUCCCAUGCGUACGUUGCGCAGACUCGACGUCCCACUCGGUUGCCCUAUGGUGCGUCUCUUCCAUCGCAUGUGAGGCUUUAUCGUACGCUGCCUCCACGGUUGUCAAAUGCUCGUGGACCCUUUCGUGCUGCUCCACAGCGUCGUCAUGUGCUUGCUUGUUUUCCUCGUGCUUCUUAAUCGUCUUUGCCUUCUCGUCUGGGCUUUUGCGCGGAUCCCAAUUGAUCGAAUUCUUCUGCAAUUCACUGGUCUUGAGACUUGCAUCUGCAGCAUUGAGCCUUUCUUGGGCAUACCGCUCAUUGUCGACUGGUCACUGGGUUGCAGCUGGUCCCCAGCUCUCUGGAUCAGAUAUCCCUCGUCGACGGUUCCCAACGAAAACGUUUCCAGGAUCGGGUGUGCGAAGAUCGGGGUCGAGAUAAGUGCAAAGAGCACCGAUUGUAGACGCAUGAUAAUAGAUGUAGAAGGUAUGGAGAAUAGGAUUCAGGUAUAUGUGCGGCGUUGAGGGAGACGCGAUGGAAGAGAGAAGUGAUCA